UUCCCUGUGGAACUAGCGUCACUUCCGGUUUAUGAUUGGUGAUGGAAUCGUAGGCAAAGGUCAUGGAUUAAGCAACUUACGUUUAUCUAUAUGUAUUUUAACGACAUUAACAGGCCAUAAUCUUGUUUGGACAUACACGCAAGAACAAGCUGGAGCAACAAAUAGGACCAAACGGGGAUUAUCUCCCGGUAAAACGUAUGAAAAAACGACGUGAUUUGAAUGCUCUCGUAAACGGACGGAGCAGGAAACAGUCCGCGGUCAAGAAGGGGCAACAUGAACUGCUAAGAAACGAGAGUGAUUCCUCCGAGGUUGAGGAGUUUUCAGUUCCCCCUAGGGCACUCAUCAGGAAUGGACAGUCCAGGUUUUGCUCGGUAUGCUUAUCAGCCACCACCUUUUUGCUAGUAGUAGCAUGUCUGGCAUCUUGCGGUGGAUUAAUAUGGAUGCAGUUACGACUAAGAACACAACUCGAGGAACUAAAAGGGCAUGUUAGACAAGUGGAAUCAGGCAGCCAAGGCCCAGAGGAGUUCCAAUCUCUACACACUCAAGUCAAAGGCCUUACAGACAGUAUAAAAACUAUGAAAACUGGUCAAAAUGGCCUGGAGGGACUGUCCAAGAGUGUGGCAACUAUUUCCCAGCGGCUUGAUGCCCUUCAAAAGAAAACUGAUGAACUACAGAAGAGUGUUGCGCAAGCACCACAGUUGCAGUCUUUGCCAGCACAGAUUGUAGAUACAUCCAAGGAGGUGGCUAAUUUAGGCAGUCAGGUGGAAGCCUUUAAAACCUCAAUGAAACAACAAAAUGAUGACUUGCAUGCUCUGCAACAAAGAGUCUCUUCUUUGCAGGAGAAGGUUGGAGGCGGGAGGGAAAAUAACUCGCCAGUGAUGUCUGGUCCUACCAUAGGUGGUGCCUCUGCUAACAUCUUGUCGGCAGCCAUCAGCAGCCUGAACACUACCUGCACUAGGGAUGUUGGCACUUUACAAAGAGGACUUGAAGCCACAGGGCAAAGGGUUCUCCUGUUGGAGAACAGGACAACAGAGCUGGGAUUACAUGUCCAGCUGUUGAGUAACAAACCAGUGUCACAAACCAACUCCACACAACCUGACUGGCAACAGUUGAUCAACAGUGCUGUAAAUAGUGCAAUGGAGCAUUUACGUAACUCAAGUGCUGAAAGUGAGAGUGAGGAGGAAGAUAAAUCAUCCAGUAACAGCAACAAAUUUGAUGAAAUUCUGCAGCAGGUUCAGAAUGUAUCUGAGUUGGUCACAUCAUUUAAACAGCAGAUUGAUGAGUUAAAACAAGAAAGGAACAGCAGUGCUACCUCAGAUAUGAAGGUCAAACCUAUAAAUGUAUCUCAAGCCAUGUCUGAUGUUCUAACAAGUGCACUUGGGGCAUUUAAAGAACAGUAUAAUAUAGAUAUUUUGCACGUCAACGUUUCUCUUGAUAAGUUAAACAACACUGUAACAGACCUACAACAAGGCAUGAUGGACCUUACUAAUGCCACAAAUUACCUGAAGACAAAGCUGAAUUCCCUCCUAAAAGUCUCCUCAACACCUGCCAUGCCAUUAGGAUUAGGUACUGACUCUGUAACACCCCCAAGUGCAGUCACAUCCACAUUGAUAGCAUCAGUGUUAGAGACAACCAGUCCUGACAUGACAUCACAGGUACCUCACACAGAAGGGGAAGAGCAUGAAGAAGGUGAUCAUGUAGAUACAGUCAAUUUCUUUGUAGAAUCCUUGCAGAAGCGUGUUAUUAUACCAGGGUAUGAAACAAAAGAAAAAUUACGGAAAGGCUUUUCAUCAUGGGAUCAAAAUGGAGACAACCGCGUCAGUUAUGAAGACCUUCAAGACCAUGUAGGUCCAACACUUCCAUCAGCAGAGCAGUUUGUACCUUAUGAUGUGAACCAUGAUGGAUUAUACUCAUUAGAAGAAUUGGAACAAGCACAAGGAAUAUCUGGCACACAAGAUUCAUCUCAAAGAAAACCAGCAAAUACAAAGAAAAGAGCACCACUCAGUAAAGAAGACAUAAAAGAGUUGGCAAAAGCACUAGAAAAGCACUAAAAAUGGAAAUCUUUGAAAAACCAGUUGACAUCACACUCAUGAACAGUGCUGCAUACAGGGUUGAAUGCAAUGAGCAAUUUGUUCUAGAGGACUUCUACCCAGCCAGAGAGCAACUCCGAGUUCUUUUUUGUUUUUCAACUUUUAUAACCGUCUUCUCAAGAUAGAUGACAAGUUACCAUCCAGAUUUGAAUUACUUACUAGAAGAUAAUUAUAUGUAAAAUUCAGAAAGUUAAGUGUGCAUAUUGGUCGUAGGUGGAUCCCGUUUUGGUGAUGAAAAAGGAACCACUAUUUGCCAAUUAAAACUGUCAUCUGUUUAAGAACAAGUUCCCAUCUGAACAAAUACCAGGUUUUAGUUGUAUGAAUAUCAUCAGGAUUUACAUUUAUUUCUGUUUGCAAGUGUUGUUAGUUUAGUUCUACUGUUCCUUAAACUUUUCCUAUGGGUCAUACACAUUUUGAGUAUAAAAAUACAUACUCAGCUAUGCCAUAAAAUGAAUAUAGAGCAAGGGAAAGUCACUAAUGGGAGAUAACUUGUAAUAUAUGCAGAUUCAGAUAAUGAAAAUUUACACACACUUAAUGUCCAUGAUAAAAUGCCAGGGUAGUAGGUACUUAAGUAAUUUGUAUGUUUGUGGAAUAUAAUUUUGUUAACUUGUGUGUUUUAGCAGGUUUGUCUAGUAUUGCAUUAUAACAAAAACUUUCAGGGGUUGAUCCAGGAUUUUAUGAUGGGAGGGGGGGGUGGAUGCCUUCUCCACAAACUCCUGUAUCCAGAAAUAUCUUGUGCAGUUUUAUAACCAUUAAGUGUUACUAAAAAGGGGCAUAUUGUAUAUUUAAGAUCAUGGUUUGUGUGUCGUGCAGCUGAACCCACUCUAAAUCUGCCCCUGAUGCUGUGUAUACUAGCAAAUAAUUUCUGCAAGUUCCUCUCUCUCUAUUUAUAUAUGCACUUCAAAGGAAUGAACUACAUUCUAUGAAAUUGGCUUGUACAAACAUAUCAAAAAAAAUUAUGGGGAAUUUCACAGUUAGGCAUGAUACUUGCAUUUAGAUGUAAAAUAUAAGUUAUGCAGGCAUUUAGGCUUAUGUUUUAACAAGCUUGUGCAAUAUGAAUUGUUGAUGUUGUUGAAUUUUAAGAUGUCAUGCAUGUUGUUGUUGAUCAAGUUUACCAUUUUGAUCAGCUUUUGUCUCAAAAAUUCCCUGUUAAAUGUUUUCAUUGAAUUCUCACUUGUGUGAUUUUUAAAUGACUAGAAAUAUUUAUGAAUUUGUCAGAUUCACUGUUUUGAAUUUAUGUUUAAAGUGAACAAAUCAAUUGAGAUUUCUUCAUCAAUUUAAUGCUAAUUCUUCAAUUUGUCAAUUUUAUUGUUUCAAUUUAUAUUUUAGUGAACAAAUUGAUUGAGAUUUUUUCAUGAGUAUAAUGCUAAUUCUUCAUCCAGCAAAAAUUGCUUUUGCAGUAAAAAAAAUUCUGAUAAUGCACAGUUUUUUCAGGGCAAAUGAGAGGAAAGUUGCUUCUAAUGUAGAUAAUUCAUUUCAUGAUUGGUUCAAAAAGUCCAUAAGAAGAGUUUAUUUUGUAAAUAGUGACAUCGAAUUGAGAUUACUGUGAUAGAAAUUUUAAGUUAGAUUGAAAAAAGUUUCUUGAUGGCAAGACUUGGUUCUUGAAAGUUUUUUAAAUGUGUUACAUCCUUAUUUAUGAACUGGAGAAGUAUUUAGAUACAAAAGUUGAAUAUUAAUAAAUUUUAUCAAGGAU